GAGGAUUCGCUGUUGUCUACGCUGGGUAAUACAACUGGACCGACCGGACUGGUUAUGAUUCUUCUUCGUCUUCUCCCGCUGUGUCCGCCUCUGGUUUCCACAAUAUGAACGCUGCGAGCGAAGAGGGAACUUAAACACAAACUUCUCCAUAGAGUUAGCUAUCCAAUAACUGACUACUCCGUACUCUGUACCCAGCGACGGAUUACCUAGGUAUAGUACGGAGUAUAAUACAUGUACAGGUACUUUCUCUCAGCUGGAAAACGGCUUCUGGCGCUGGGGGAUAAUACUGGUGGUGUCUGUCACCGUACCAACCGGCUUCCUCACGACUCUGGAGUUAUGAUAGAUAGAUAAUAUACCCGUGUUGCAUGCAUGUGCGACUGUCCUGGUCUAUUUUCUUCCUGUGAUUCCAUCUCUUUCUGCUACUUCUCCUCGUCCAAGUUCCAGUUCCUCCGCCAUCGUUUGUCGCCCUUCUGCUCACGAGACCAACCUUUCUGCCAACUUGGAACUCCAACCAACUCCAACUCUAACGUCGCUCCAACUUUCCCACCCUUCAGUUCAUCUACCUUUUCCCUUUUCCUCUCUCUCUCUACCUUGGUGCCUCCUGCUCGUCUGGCUCCGGAUUCGAUGAAUACGCCUCCGUUCGCUCGCUGAUUGCAUCCGCGCAUCCGUUUUAUUGUUCACUGGUUUCUCUGUAUGGGCUUCGCCGCCUCCGCCUUAUUUCGCAAUUACCGUCGCCGCCGCAUUCAUCAUGGAGUACAACGCCCUCUCCCAGUCCGACGACAAUGAUGAAGUGGCCUCCAAUGCCUCCGCUUCAGAUAGAUCAGAGUCUUCUCCCCAGCCAAACCGCCGCCGCGCCUUUCAGAAGCUCACUCUCAACAUGGACAAUCUGGGGGGCCCAAAGUAUAUGAAUGCGGCCAGAAUAGGCGAUCAGCCCAGUCCAUCGCUAGGCUCGGUUAUGAGAUCGUUAGGGCCCGCCUCAACCAGUAGCUAUGACCUUCUAGAAGAUGAUGACUACGACACCCCCUCAGCAAACCACGGAGAGCCAGGAUAUAGCUUUGUCAGAGCAAAUCAUAAGAACGAGAUUAAUGAUUCACAGCCUUCUUCCUCCUCUCACAACCAUCAGGGUUACUCGAGCAACAAUCAUAACAACAUAGGCGCCUCCACCAGCAACCACCUCCGAAACGCCACCCCGGCCACUCCCGCACAGCCCUCCGAACCCCUAAUUCGAUCCCCCGUUUCUUCACGUCCUGUUCCGCUUUGCCACCCGACUCCUGACCUUCAGUCGCUACAGGGCGCUUACGUGGGGAAUGUUGAGCGGCUGGAAAAAUCUGCAGAGACCCUGAGCACCUCUUCGGAUAUCGGGGAAGAAUUACGCAAAUUGAAGCAAGAACAGAAGCGGCUCUCAGUUGCAAGCUGUAGCGCUGUUGAUCACCAUCCUUUCGGCCGGGGCUCCCCUGUUCGCAAAUUUUCCACCUCGUCGCUAUCGAACUCGAUCAUUGGCGUCAAUACCACGGCAAGGUCGAACGGAUACCCCCCAGGAGAUUGCGUCGCGUCACCAAAGAGCUCAGUCAUGUCUGCUUCUCGCUCGCAAGUUGGUGCUGCCGCGUCCCGCGCUCGAUCCGCCUCAGUUGCUUCACGACUAGCUCAGGUCCUCGAACCCGAGAACGAGGACCAAACGACCCAAUCCCACCAACCCCCCGCAGAUGCCGCUCCAUACCUGCAGCCUUUAGAGAUUCCUGAACAUGAUUUCAUGGAUAAUCAACGUCAAGACGACAACCCCCACCACCACGAACAACAACAACCACCCCGUGACCCUGACCAGCCUCAACCUACGUACGAUGAAACCGUCCCCGAAGAACGUUCCACGACGGCAAGUUCAACAGAUACCUACAGGCAAUCUAAAGCUCUAUUCAAAGACUUCGAUGGAGUUCAUUUCACGCCGUUCCCAAGAGAACGAGUCUCAGGCCGCCGUGCUUCGUUAUCAAAACCCCCUCUAGCUAGAGAAUCACCAUCAUUCAGCAAUCCACCACCAGGCCAAAAGUUGGUAUUCUACCCUGCCCCUGUUCCAAUGAUGCUGAACCUUCCCCCACGACGAUCGAAAAGAGCGCCUGAGCCACAGCACGAAAAACGCCGUACGCAGCUUAUCAAUUCCCUCCCAGUGGAUGCGAGGAAGUCAGCGGCGUGGUUACCACAGCUAGACCCGGAGUAUGAUGGCAAAGAUUCUACAGAGACACGGAAUAACAAGAGAGUAUCUGAAAUACCGCCACAGCUACGCGCAUCUGCUUAUUUUGAGCCGCCCCCAGCCCAGAUAGACAUUGAAAUCAAGCAGAAUUCGGCCGUUGCUACCCUUGAUAGCAUUCUUGAUGCGUCCGCACAGGCGCCCGUUAGUGCGUUUACAGAUCACCCCAUCGUAGGUCAUGUUGGCGCUGAGGUGUACGGAAAGCCCAAGGCGAAGAGAAAGCUGCAGCCUCUAGCGGGUAAGCAGGGCAAGCAUGCUCUCCGCAAAUCUGUAGGCGCUCGGGAUAGCGUAAUGCCGUCCCGAACUGGCAUCCGUCCCGCUGAGCAGGAAGGAGGUAACGAGACCGAAGGACAUGCUGCUGAGGGCAGCGAUGAGGUGACUCCGUUCCACGAAUCGUAUGAAGGUGAUCAAGGUCCCUCGGGCACGAAUCUUCACAAUGAUAUGGAGCGACGGGAUAACGAUGAACGGAAUGAGAGCCGACUUAAGAAAGACGAAAAUUCUAGAGGGGACGAUAGCGAGGACGGCGAAGAGGAAGAGGAUGAAGAAGAUGAGGAGGAGGAAACUUACGUUGGAGCCCCAACAACCCUCCUUGCCGAACUCCAGAUACGCAAACAAGAACAAAAACAACGAAACCGCACCGCAGCCACCGCCUUCCCCAACGGCAUGCACUCAACUUUGCUUGAACUCGACGCGGUCGCCCAACACCAACGCGAAACGCGAAACCAAAAGCACAUCACCCUCGCGUGGGAGGAUCCAGGUAUUGCAGAACGGAAUGAACCGGACAACGAAAAUGUGCCCCUCGCCGUCCUGUUUCCUAAAAACCUUCAGAGCGAUGAAAACAGACCAAUGGGCCUGAUGGAGAAGCUAGAGCUGGAAGAAAACGAACCACUCAGCCGUCGUCGGGCGCGGAUCCGUGGCGGACCUAUUGUUGGCGGAGCCCCGAUGCAACGAGCAAGCCCUGUUUUCUUACCCGAUGAUCACAUCAAUGGCAACGGCCACACGAACAACAACAACGAAGAAGAAAAUGAUGACGAGGAGGAAGGGGAGACGCUUGCUCAACGCGCCCGACGGUUGAAAGCCGAGGAAGCUAAUAUACGGCUAUCGAGAGAUUUCACGAGUGAGCUUCUGACCAAAUUUGGCGCCACGUCGAUUGAUGAGCCACGCUCGUCAACUGAACAGCAGGCUAAGGAUUCCCAGCAGCAGUCGCCGUCUACCGUCCCGGACUCCGUGGAACCGCCGGUGGAAGAGACGCUUGGUCAACGGCGGAGGCGUUUGCAGGCUGAGAAGGCGCAGGCGCAGGCGGCGGCGGUGGGGGAGGAUGAAGUGAAAAAUAACUUCACGGCUACGCCCAUCGGCAAGCCGCGACAUAACAUGGCGACUGUCCUGCAGGCGCACCCGGCGCGCAAUGGCGGGAAUAAUCCCUAUCUCAACAAUGGAGCUGCAGCGGGGAAUACAAUGCGGCACUCGCACCAACCUCUCCUCUCCGCGCAGCAGCAGCAGCAGAUACCCAAUCGCAUGUCAAUGAUGCAACAGCAAGGAUACGGUGGCAAUAGUGCCAAAUACGUCAUGAACCUAUCCUCACAUGCGCAUGCGCAUGCAGGGCAUGGGUCAAUGGGAUAUGGGCCCGGCAUGGGCACGGGUAUGAGUGUGGGAAAUGGCGCGCAGUACCCACCCACGAUGGGUAUGAAUAGCAGCACAGGUUUAGUGUAUGGGAAUGGACAUGGACAUGGACAUGGACAUGGAUAUGGAUAUGGAUAUGGAUACCCGGACGCCGUUGCUGGUGGUGGUGCUCCUGCUGCUGGUGGACAGCCUCAUGGACCCAUUAUUGACCCCGGCCAGCGCGAUCUUAUCGACCGGUGGAGGCAGAGUGUGCGGUAUUAGAUGGGGAAUAGAGAAGGUAGAAGAUAUACGUUGUAUUCUUUUUUUUCCCCCUUCCCUUACUUUGGUCCGUACUUUGUUUCUUUUGUCGUCGUUGGUUCGGAUUUUCUUUUAAUUUUUUGUUCCUUCGGUUUUUCUGAAGGAGGCAUAGCGAGUUGUUUUUCUUCUCCAUAUCUCUCUAUUCCUUUUAAUUAUCUUUUGCUUUUCUUCUGAUCAUAUAACCGGACGCAAGCCAUCUAUCACCUAUAAUUCUUCAUCACUUGACGGAGCGGGGGCGUGCGAGUUACAUACCAAUUUUUUCCCUGGUAUUUCUUCUCCAGAGGAAAGGAAACUGGCGAGAUCCCCCGCGGUCUCACGGAUGGGCAUCUUUUUACUCUGCGGUUUUCUAUUUUGAUGUCUUUUGUUUUUUUUU